CCUCCCUGUGCUCCGCCUGCAGUCUGAGCGUCGCCAGCUCCUCUCUGGAUCCGAGAGAGAAGUUCAGGAGAAGGAAGGGAGAGAGAGAGAGAGACAAAAAAGGGGGAAAAAAUCAACAAAAGAGGCGGAAAGCUGGCAGAAGUGCCGAAUUCCAGGUGGGCUUUUCAUUUGCCUAAGCUGUUCCCGGAGGAAGCAGUCUGGAAACCAGUACUGAGAUGUUGUGAUUUUAAAUUGUCAGCUGCUAAAGAAACAAUUGUGACGACUGAAGAAAGAAAACUUCUCGUGCUAUUUUGUAUGUUUGAGGUUUCCUUUUGCUAAAGCCGAGUCCUCCUCUUUUGAAUCAGUUCAUUGCUGCUUGCAGCUGCAGACCUUGCUUUGGAAGCACAUUUCUGCAUGCUUGUGUUUGUGCCAUUUAUUUUUCACAAUGACGAUGGCAAGCUUGUUCUCCUUUACUAGCCCAGCUGUAAAACGAUUGUUGGGCUGGAAGCAAGGGGAUGAAGAAGAAAAAUGGGCAGAGAAAGCAGUUGAUGCUCUAGUAAAAAAAUUGAAGAAGAAAAAGGGGGCCAUGGAGGAUUUGGAAAAGGCAUUGAGCAGUCCAGGUCAACCAAGCAGAUGUGUUACCAUCCCACGAUCUCUAGAUGGGCGACUUCAGGUAUCUCACAGGAAAGGCCUGCCUCAUGUCAUUUAUUGCCGUGUGUGGCGAUGGCCAGAUCUUCAAAGUCAUCAUGAGCUGAAGCCAUUAGACAUUUGCGAAUUUCCAUUUGGAUCGAAACAGAAGGAAGUUUGUAUCAAUCCUUAUCAUUAUAAGCGAGUGGAAAGUCCUGUUCUGCCUCCAGUUUUGGUUCCAAGACACAGUGAAUUCAACCCACAGCAUAGUCUCCUGGUCCAGUUCAGGAAUUUGAGUCAUAAUGAGCCGCAUAUGCCGCACAAUGCCACAUUUCCAGAUUCCUUCCAACAACCAAAUAGUAAUCCAUUUCCUAUUUCACCAAAUAGCCCGUACCCUCCAUCUCCUGCAAGCAGCACCUACCCUAGUUCACCAGCCAGUUCUGGACCAAGCAGUCCUUUCCAGCUGCCAGCUGAUACACCUCCACCUGCUUACAUGCCACCAGAAGAGCAGAUGAAUCAAGACAGUACACAACCAAUGGAUACUGGAAAUGUCAUGAUGACCUCCAGCAUACCCAAUCUGCCCAUUAUAUCCACUCGAGAUGUUCAACCUGUUGCUUAUGAGGAGCCUAAGCACUGGUGUUCCAUUGUGUAUUAUGAGCUAAACAAUAGAGUUGGAGAAGCUUUCCAUGCCUCCUCCACCAGUGUUUUAGUGGAUGGCUUCACUGAUCCAUCUAACAACAAAAAUCGUUUCUGCCUUGGUCUUCUUUCCAAUGUAAAUCGCAACUCUACUAUUGAGAACACAAGGCGGCACAUUGGUAAAGGUGUCCACCUAUACUAUGUGGGAGGUGAAGUCUAUGCCGAAUGCCUUAGUGACAGCAGCAUUUUUGUCCAAAGUCGAAAUUGCAACUAUCACCAUGGUUUUCACCCAACCACUGUCUGUAAGAUACCCAGUGGUUGCAGCCUAAAGAUAUUCAACAACCAAGAAUUUGCCCAGCUUCUUGCUCAGUCUGUAAAUCAUGGCUUUGAAGCAGUCUAUGAACUUACCAAGAUGUGUACCAUUCGUAUGAGCUUUGUUAAGGGUUGGGGUGCAGAAUACCACCGGCAGGAUGUAACUAGUACACCAUGUUGGAUAGAAAUUCAUCUUCAUGGUCCACUUCAGUGGCUAGACAAAGUUCUUACCCAGAUGGGCUCUCCUCAUAAUCCUAUCUCUUCUGUAUCUUAAUAGCAAAAUAUAAUUUAAGGCUCUGGAAAACACCAGAGGGGGGAACUUUAUUUAAACUGGACACUGUGAAAGAUCUACUGGACAAAGAAAAUUUAAAAACAUACUUCAAAUGGCAAUCUUUCAAAUUUUCUGACCAAUCAUUGGUUGCUUUACCAUACUCACUAAUUAUAUAUUGAGUAGUAUUUAUAGUUUUUGUCAUCUGCUUAUAUGUAGCUGCUAAUAUAACAAAACUAUUGAUGGAUGUCUUUAGAAUCUUUGUGAUACUUUCAAUCUGAUCUGAUUGCUUCCAGCAUUUUGCUUUAGUGUGAAGUUCAUGUGUAUUGAAUGAGCUGUUAUGAACAUUUAUAGGUGGCUAAUUAUGGGCAGUAAAACUAGAAUCUUAAGUUUUAGUAUGGUGAUGCUAAUGAGAUGUACUUUUCAAAGUUACAUCGGCAUCUCAGCACAGUUUU